CCCAAGUACCGUUGUUAGACAUCCAACAAACUCGUUCAAGAUGGCCGACAAGACUGCCGCUGUCAACCCCAUGAAGGAGCUUCGUAUCGAGAAGCUCGUCAUCAACAUCUCCGUUGGUGAAUCUGGAGAUCGACUGACGCGAGCUUCCAAAGUGUUGGAACAACUCACUGGUCAGACCCCCGUCACCUCCAAAGCUCGAUACACCAUCCGAUCCUUCUCCAUCAGGCGAAAUGAAAAGAUUGCUUGCCACGUUACUAUCCGAGGACCCAAAGCUGAGGAAGUCUUGGAGCGAGCUUUGAAAGUCAAAGAGUACGAGCUCAGGAGGCGCAACUUUUCAGAGACUGGAAACUUUGGAUUCGGUAUCGAGGAACACAUUGACUUGGGUAUCAAGUACGACCCAGGUAUCGGUAUUUUCGGAAUGGACUUCUUCACCGUCAUGGGACGACCAGGAAACAGGGUUGCCCGCAGAAAGGCCAAGACUGGCCGUGUCGGAUACUCUCACCGAGUCAAGCCAGAACAGACCAUCGCUUGGUUCAAGCAACGAUUCGACGGCAUUGUCUCUCGAUAAAAAAUUUGUACCAUAGGGAUGCCAUGACACACUUUUUUCCCACUACAUU